AACCAUUAAACUUGAAAGUUGAAACUUUGAAAUUUUAGACCUAAUUUUCUAAUGGCAAGUGCAUACGAAGAGAAAUUGAAUUUACCAACAUUAACGAGAGCAAACGAGGCAAACAAAAAGGGCAAUGUAUAUGAACAACCUGGUUACUUUGAGUUCCCCUUCACACCUUAUGACAUUCAAAUAAAAUUCAUGCAAAACUUGUAUUCAAUCUUACAUAUCGGUGGAGUAGGGAUCUUCGAGAGUCCAACAGGAACCGGAAAAUCAUUAAGUCUAAUAUGUGGUGCUUUAACAUGGUUGAGAGAUUUCAAUCAAAAUUCCAAAAGAGAAACAGUGACCACUGGCACAGUUGAUGAUAUUAUUUGUGCAAGUGACAUAGCAACACAGGGAACAUCUGAAAGUAUUAAAAGUUCAGUUCCAUCUUGGGUGUCGGAAGUUGCCACAAAUAGAGAAAGAAAAAUGCUGCUUGAACAGGCAAAGGCUGAACAAGAAAAAGAAGAAAGAUAUUCUGAGAGACUUAAAUUACUAAAGCAGCAAAGACAUUGGAAACGACAAAAGCGAAAGCACGAGACUCAAGAAAAUCGUGACGAUGAUGAAAUAGAGCAACGGUUGACUGCUGAAUUGAAUGAAUUAGAUAAAAAUAACGAAGAUUCUGACAUUGUCCUGGAUGAGUAUCAUAGUGAUAACGAGUGCGGUAAAGUGGAUGCCAGUUCUGAUGAAGAAGAAUUGGAUGAGCCGUACGUUACAAAGAUUUAUUACUGUAGCCGAACGCAUUCACAGCUUGAUCAAUUUGUUAAAGAAGUUAAGAAGAGUAGUUUUGGCUCGAACACUCGGGUUGUAUCGCUAGGUUCCAGACUUAAUUUGUGCAUAAAUGACGAUGUGAAAAAAUUACGGAGUAUCAAUCGUGUCAAUGAGAGAUGUUUGGAGUUACAGAAACGUAAAAAAGAAAAAAAGAAAGAGGAAUCGCAAUCAAACAAGAAGCUCAAGUCUAAAAAUGGUUGUCCUUAUUACGAUCAUCAACGCCUUCAAAACUACAAAGAUCUUAUUUUGAUGGAAGUUAAAGAUGUCGAAGAAUUAAUAUCAGUCGGUGAAGAAAUAGAAGGUUGUCCUUAUUAUGGAACUCGAUAUGCAAUUCCUAAGGCAGAGCUGGUCGUCUUACCCUACAACAUGCUUCUUCAUCAAGCAGCUCGUGAAGCAUGUGGCAUAAGGUUAAAAGGAAAUGUAGUAAUUAUUGAUGAGGCACACAACUUGAUUGAAACUAUCAGCAACAUACACAGUGUGGAAAUUUCAGGAAUACAGAUAUCACGUGCUCAUUCCCAGUUGCUUCAGUAUAGAGAUAGAUACGGAUCAAGAUUAAAAGCAAAGAACUUGAUGUAUGUAAAACAGAUCCUGCAAGUUUUAUCUUGCCUUCUUUCAUGUUUUGAUGUGUCAUCUCCAUCACAAGGACAUCAUCAGGGUGAUUGCAAGGCUGAUGUGAGAUUGUUAAAAAUAAACGACUUUUUGUUCACUACGAAGAUGGAUAAUAUAAACUUAUUUAAAAUCAAACGUUAUUGUGAACGUAGUAUGAUCUCAAAGAAGUUAAAUGGAUUUGUCGAUAAAUAUAACACCACUCUUUUGGCCGUCCAGGAUGGAAGUGAGGAUGGUGAAUUUGUUUCAACGUCAUCCCCACUGCAGGUUAUUGAAAAUUUCUUGGAAUGCUUAACAAAUGCAGACAAGGAUGGACGAAUCUUUAUUAAUAAUCAAGCUGUGCUUAGCCGAUGCAGCCUUAAAUUUCUUCUCCUCAACCCCGCUGUUUAUUUCAAAAGUGUUGUUCAAGAGGCAAGAGCGGUGAUCGUUGCAGGGGGAACUAUGCAACCGGUUUCUGAGUUCAAACAACAGUUGCUGUAUUCUUGUUCAGUGUCCACUCAGGAUAUCCACGAAUUUUCAUGUGGUCAUAUUAUUCCUGAAGAAAAUUUAUUGGCUGUUACUUUAGCUAAAGGGCCAUCUGCAGUUGAAUUAGAUUUCACUUACCAAUCAAGAGAAUGCAAGGCAAUGAUUUCAGAAAUUGGUCGUGUGCUUAGCAACAUUUGCAAAGUUGUUCCUGCUGGGUUGGUUUGCUUUUUUCCAUCCUAUGACUACAAAGAAAAAGUUGUGAAAGAAUGGCAUCAAAGUGGCGCAUUUCAAACGAUUGAUGCAAAGAAGAAGAUAUUUUCAGAACCGAAGAAAGCUGCCCAAGUAGAACAGACCCUGUGUGAUUAUGGUAAAUUUAUCAAGAAGACUCAAUCAAGUGAAGGGAAGACUUCUCAUAAUGGCGCCAUGCUGCUCUGUGUCGUUGGCGGGAAAAUGAGCGAGGGGAUAAAUUUUUCAGAUGAUCUGGGAAGAUGUAUUGUUGUAGUUGGUCUGCCGUAUCCAAACAUUCAGUCACCAGAACUUAAAGAGUACAUUUCAUAUCUUGAUGCCACUUUAGGGCAUAAAGCAGGACAACAGCAUUGUGAAAAUGUUUGCAUGAAAGCUGUAAAUCAAUCAAUUGGUCGAGCAAUUCGUCACAUUAAUGAUUAUGCAACCAUAAUUUUACUUGAUCAGCGCUACGGUCGUUCAAGUGUGCAAACUAAACUACCAGAGUGGAUUCGCUCACGGCUGCAGACACACACGUCAUUUGGCCCAGCGUUUGGUGCAUUGAGAAAGUUUUUUCUUAAACGUUUCUCUCGUGUCAGAGAGGAGGAGAUGUAAACUGAGACAUGUUCUGAGAGUUUAACGUUGUUUUGGUUUUGGUACCUAGCGAAGAUUUUCCAUGGACAACCUGUUUUUCAGUCCAGUUGAAAUAUUGGAAAUGGAUAUUAAGAUUUAAGUUCGUUUUGAGUACUGAUUGCUGGUACGUUUAGUUCCUGGAAAUGAUUACAAGAAUUGUUGCAGGUAUGGUCGCACUUUCCCCGAGUCCUGGCAUCACUGUUAAAGCAUCCUGCAAAAAAAUAAAAUAUUUCAAGUGUUUAAUCAUCCUCGUUCCUGCCUGUGCCAAAAGCCCUGGGGUAAUCAAUUUCAACUCGAUUUGAUUGGUCGUGGGAAGUAAACUAUUACUGUGACCGUUACGUGUCUAUUUUUUGAGAUUCUGUACAAAUCUCGAGAAGAACGCUUGUUCUUUCCGACUAUGCCUUUGCGUAUUUACGAAAUAAAUUUAAAUAAAUAAAAUAAAAGUCAGAGGCGAUCAUUUCAUAUGACACGCUGAUUUGUGCAUCGAUUUACUCUACAAUUUUACAAUUGCGACCAAUCAGAUCGCAGUUGCAUGGCAUUGAUUUCCCCUGGGAACGAUGUUCACUAGAAAAUGUUAUAUAUUGAGUGUUAUAAAUGUUAUAUAUUGAUGUUCACUAGAAAAUGUUAUAUACUGAGUAGAAUUACAUUCCUUCAUGAAAACAAUCCAUUUAAGCACAUAAAAUCAUACUUUCACGAAUUUCAGAAAAAUCGG